AUGGCCGAAUUUAUGCCUAUCUAUCAGCCUACGAAGGUGUUUAAAGAUCGUAGGGAAUCCAGGGAAGUAGACUAUCGGGCCGUAUAUCGGUUUAGUAAAGUUAAAAUAAGUAAGUUAAAUGCUUAUUUUCUUGGAGAGACAGAAGAAUAUAGGGACGGUACUUUGAGCAAUAUAGAAAGAAUGAGGGUUUUUUUACGAUAUGUGAGUGAUCAAGGAUUUCAAAUUGGCAUAGGAGAAGAUAUUGGUGUCCAUCAAUCUACGGUAUCCCGAACCGUUACCAACGUUAUAACACGCAUUGUGCAGAACUCGAAUAUUUGGAUUAGAUUCCCAACCUCAUGUGAAGAUCUACACAAUGCUAAGAAUAAGUGGCAAGAAAAGUUCAAUUUUCCUUCAGCUAUUGGUGCUAUCGGCUGCACCCAUAUACCUAUUCUGAAGCCGUUUAUUCAUGCAGACGAAGAUGUGAACAGAAAGAACUUUGAUAGUAUAAAUGAACAAGCAACGUGCAAUUCAAACGAAGAAUUCACAAGUUUGGAUGUUUCUUGGCCAGGAUCUGUACACGACUCUCAGAUAUGGGAGAAUUCUGAUAUAUACAACGUUAUGAAAUGGAAUAGGGCUAGUGCUGUUUUGUUGGGAGACUCUGGGUAUGGUAUAGCGUCUUGGCUCAUGACUCCUUUUAGGAUUGCAGAAACAGCAGAACAAAGAUCAUACAAUCGGCUAUUUACGAUAGCGAGUUAUAAUAGAGAGAUGUUUUGUUCAACUAAAACAGCGUUUUCCCAUUCUACAUAA